AUGAUUGCUGAGACGAUAUCUCUUGGAAUUCUCUCCCUACCCUCCGCCGUCGCUGCGCUGGGUAUUGUCCCUGCUAUAGUCAUUAUAAUAAGUCUCGGCCUCCUUGCCACAUACACCGGAUAUGUAAUCGGCCAGUUUAAGAUGAGAUAUCCUCAUGUCCACAACAUGGCGGAUGCCGGUGAGGUCCUCAUGGGCCCUAUCGGGCGAGAAAUCUUGGGAGCUGCCCAGUUACUCUUCCUGGUCUUCAUUAUGGGAAGUCAUAUCCUAACCUUCAUCGUCAUGAUGAACACCCUGACCGAUCAUGGAACAUGCAGCAUUGUCUUCGGAGUCGCCGGAAUGAUCCUUUCUUUAGUCCUUGCGCUUCCGCGAACCUUGAAGAACGUGUCUUGGCUGUCGAUAUCAUCUUUCAUCAGUAUCCUGGCUGCCGUGUUCGUCACUAUGAUUGGAAUCGCUAUUCAGCAUCCUGGAAAGGCAGUUGAAAUCACCGUCAAGAGCGAUCUUUACCACGCCUUUUUGGCUGUCAGCAAUAUUGUUUUUGCAUAUGCUGGUCAUGUGGCCUUCUUCGGGUUCAUUUCUGAGUUGAAGGAGCCUGCUGGCUACCCCAAGGCUCUUUACCUCCUUCAGGGAAGCAAUACGACCCUAUACACUGUCAGUGCUAUUGUUAUCUAUAUCUACGGCGGAAAGGAUGUUGCUUCCCCCGCCCUCGGCUCUACGGGACCAAUCCUACGAAAAGUUGCAUAUGGAGUCGCUAUGCCAACAAUUGUCAUUGCUGGUGUGAUCAACGGUCACGUCGCUAGCAAGUAUCUUUACGUCCGAAUCUUCCGUGGAACCAACAAGAUGUCACAGCGAACCUUCCUCUCCCUUGGUACCUGGGUCGCUAUUACCGUUGUUCUCUGGGUUAUCGCCUGGAUCAUUGCCGAAGCUAUCCCUGUCUUCAACAACCUUCUUAGUUUGAUCACUGCUCUUUUCGCCAGUUGGUUCACUUGUGAGUUCCUCCCCAUCCAGCUUAACCAUCUAGCUCAACAAUAUGAGAGUAAGCAGCUAAUAAUGGAUUUAACAGAUGGCCUUAGCGGCUUGUUCUGGCUAUACAUCAACAAGGGCAAAUACUUCUCCUCCCCACGCAAAAUCUUCCUCACUUUCCUCAACUCCUUUGUUUUCGUCGCUGGUGCGACAAUUGUAAGUGUUAAGUCACGAAUCCAGAAGCCGGUCUAG